UCAACUUCCUGCUUACAGAACGUGAAACGCAACAUCGGCGAUAUUCGUAUUUCUGCAUGUGCUUUUAUUUGUUACACAUUGAUAGUUUGUCAGACUAUGUUCAGACGGAAACUAUGCGCAUUAGAGUAUCAACAAGCAGACACUUUCGACCACGAUAAUGAAAAUGAGUUCAGGAACCUAAUUGUGUGGCUAGAAGACCAGAAAAUUCGUCAUUUUAAGAUUGAGAACAGAACAGGUCUAAGGAACAUCAAUGGCGGUGACUGGUCCAAGGCUCUCCAAAGUUAUCUAGAAGAACUUGGCUGUCCCUAUCAGCUGGCUGAACGAACAGUUUUCAUAGACUGGUUGCUGGGCUAUGCAGUACGUCUGGAUUAUGGAGACUCUGUUGAUCAGUACAAGACUGUAACACCAGACUCGGUGAAGGCCAAAGCUGCGGCACCUGCUGGAUCUACCAACCCAUUGGAUAAUUUAGAUUUCAAUGAUGCCGAUUUUAAGGCAGGAGUCGCCUCCCUUUCUAUGAUUCUAAAAGUACCUCCUCAUGCUGAUCAUCUAGAACAAUUAAAGGCCAUAUGUUUACUGGUAAAAGACAGGCUGUCAAAGGAGGCAUUAGAGAAAGCUGAAGCACAACCCAAGGGUGUACAAGUACCGUUAGAUAAAACAGAACUAGGAUUUGAAACAGGAGAUUAUAUCAUCAAUGAAGCUGCCAAAAUUGUGCGGUUAUUACAUAUAAAGGACUUAAGAGAUCUACAGACUAAGAUUAAUGCCGCAAUAGUUGGCGUACAAAGCAUUACAGCCAACCCCAAAACUGACAGCAGGCUCGGCAAGGUUGGAAGAAUGUAAAUAUAGCUCCAACACAGAUUGAAAUCCCUACGAAAAUUGAGAAAACAACUACAACUACAACUGUUGAACUGCUGAACAAGUUGAUCAACUACCUAGUCACAUCAGGACUUUGUAAUCCCAGUAAAACUUUGCGAUACAAACUUAAACAUUAGCUUAGAUAAAGGUACAUUUAGUUAUGAUUCCAUUUAAACAUUGUGAGAACCUCCCAUGUAGAACUAUCUGGACCAUAUCUUUAUCCCUAUUGAAGGUCAGCGUCCCAACAACUAUAUGCUGUACUUUUCAAAUCAAUGAACUAAACACUGAGCUAUUACUCUGGACAAACUACUAGCCUUGUAUAACCUUAUACAAACCAGCAGAUUUGUUUUUGGACACUUUUAUCUUAAGUGCUUAUAAUACUGUACAAUAAUAUGACAUUGUAAAUUAAAUGUAUAUAUGUCCAAAAUAUACCUGCUACGGAUUUAAUGAUUCAUUAAAUUUGUUUUGAAAUUGUC